AUGCGAGCAUUACCUUUGCUCGGCCUUGGUUGGGCGUGGCUCGCCCUAGCCUUCGCCCUCACCUCUCCGACAAACACGGUCCUUGCCGACUCGCCGCCGGUCAAGGUACAACUGCGAGCAUCGUGGUCCAAGAUCCGACUCCCCAGCAACGGCUCGCCCAUCCUUCUCGAGCUGCUCGAGACAGCGCGGUCUCAGCGACCAUCCAGCUUCUUUCCGCUGAUCGAGCUCCUUACCAGCAAAUACUCUGCCGCUGAGCUGCGAAACGCCUCCGACGAAUGGCUGGCCAACACCGUCGAAGAUCUCAUCAAAGCGCACCAUCUCUUUGGAGCCUCGACCGAGCAUGCAGAAGAAGCAUUGGACACGUGGCACUUGUCCCUGGCGCUCAGCAACAGCAGUCCGAGGAUUCAGGCCCUCGUACAACUGUACCAGACCAUGGGGAUGGAGGAGGCGUGGCAGAAAAGUUCAAGCGGCGCUUCGUGCGUCAGCUGGGUGCAUCAUGGCGACCGAGUGCUAUGCUCCGCUGAAGACGUGAAGAGGGCAAUUAAGACGAAGCCGGUCUCGCCCACACGAAAUCAGAGUCGCGAGGUGUCCUUGGGCCAUCCUCGCACACUUGGCAGUGCAAGUGCGGCGGCCGGUCAAUCCUUCGUUUUGUACGCAGAUCCGUACUCAGAUAACUUCCGCGAGCUCUUCGUCGCCCUGGAAGAGCAUGCAAGUCAAACAGAUGCCGGCCUCACAUACACCCUUCGCUGGAGACCUUCCCCCAGCUCACAGAGCGAGUCCGAACCCGGGUCGACGCCAGCAGCCGAUGCGGAACACACCACGCUACUUUCAGGCUACGGAGCCAUCUUGGAUCUCAAAAAGGUCGACUACCUUGUGAUUGACGACCGGAAGCUCAAGGAUGACAGCAACGUCGGCGAUGUCGGCAUCGCGGCCAAUUCGCAAAGCGAGGAGGGUGACGCUGCUCGUCAGGCUUCCGAGGAGUCCGCAUGGCUGCAAGAACACAUCGGCGCCGAGGUGGGAAGCACGACAUCCCUGUCUUCCCUCUCUGAUGACCAGAUUGCUUAUCUCGGCAUCAAAGCAGCGCGCCUCAUCAUGGGCUCGUCCGACCCGCUGCGUGCUCUGCAGGAGCUGUCCCAGAACUUUCCGUCACACGCGGCCGCGCUUGCCAGCUCGACCAAGUGGGACGACCCCGACGCAACCGCAGAGCUCGUCGAGUCGGUGCUCAACCUGGCGAGCAUGCGCAUCGAGCCGGGUCACUCUGAUCUCUGGUUGAACGGUCAAAGCACGCCGACGCGGGACUUCAUGCCGCUCACGCUACUCGAGACGUUGCACAAGGAGCGAAGGUGGAAUCACGCAUUGCAGCAUCGGCUUGCAGGCGGAGGUCUGAACGUGACGGAAGCCGGCGAUCUGAUCUCCUCGAGUCUGGUCGGGCGCGCCUAUAUGGCGGGGGCAGACGGCAAUGUCGGCUCGGCCAUCUUCGACGCCAGUGAUCGAAUCGAGAUCAAGGACGCUGGUAUCGAUGCCGAUGUGGGCGCUAUCACCUGGCUCAACGAUCUCGAGAAGGACGAAGCGACAAGCGAGUGGUCCAACGAGCUGAUGGACUUGCUUCGUCCCAUGUGGCCGGGCAAGUUCCCGCGACUAUCGAUCAACCUGUUCAAUGUGGUUCUGGUGCUCGAUCUCAAGCAGAGAGAGACCUGCCGUUUCAUGUCUGAUACAGUGAUUCAGAGUCUCGGACGUGUCGGCCUGCAUUGGGGCCUCGUUCCCGGCGGACUGGAAGACGACGCGAAUAGCGACUCGACUCGCAUGGCACGCCUCAUCUGGUUCCUGCUCGACGAGGCCAGCCCGCAGAUCGUCUCCGAUGUCUUCCGCAAGGCCGCGGCAAGCAGGUCCGGCACUGCAGAUGCCAUCGACACCUCGCUCGCCGUCAAGGAAGCCAAGUUUGCCCUCAAGUCGAUUGACCCUUCCCUCGCAGCUAGACUCGACGAAGCUCUCGCCGGCAGCAACCCCACCUACGCUCAACGUGAGACCCUUGCCAGAGCCUACAUCAAACGUCUCCGAGCUACUCGCGAAGAAAGCGCGACCGGCCACGUCUUUGUCAACGGUCAGCAUCAUCCCUUCCACCCGCAGAUCGUCCACAUCAUGCAUCAGGCGAUCCAGGAGCAGAUACAAGUGCUCGCGCCGCAAAUCUACUACGGUCAGAUCAGCAGCAGUACGCCUGGACUGGAGACGUUCUUCUACGACUCGGUAGGCGCGUUGUCGUUCCGAUCGGCGCUCGUCGGUGGGUCGAGUGGUGGCGGUAGUGCCGAGGAAGGAGGCGUGAAGCACAGUGCCGUCGACCUGUUCUCCGCGCUGGUGGACGAGGAGAAUGAAGAAGGGUCGGUGGAGAAGCUGUUCAACUUCUUCUACCCAGCUGAAGGGGCAAGCGAUGCACCGCUGAACUCGACCGUCUGGGUGCUUGCAGACUUGGACAGCCCGGAGGGUCUUGCCCUGUUGACACGGUCCUUUGAAGCGCUUGCGAAGGACGAUGCCAAGUUCCGACUUGGACUGCUGCACGUUCCGUCGUCAGCGUCGACCACCAGCGGUCACAGCAGCUCCAUCUCGACGAUCGCACAACAGGUCCUUGCUGAGAGCCGCGCCGAGAAGAUCGCCCCGUUGACGAUGCUUGCAGCGCUCCAACAGGCUCACGAUGACCACAGCGUCUCUGCUUCACAGCUGGCCAACACCCUAGGCCUAUCCCACGACCUGUCCAACCACACGCCACCACGACAAUUCUGGACGUCCAUCGCUCCACGCAUCGCCACUCAUCUCGACCUUACCACUCCAUCCAUCCUGGUCGACGGCCACCUCGUCACCAACCUUCCUGUAUCCACCAUGGAAGCGCGCGACAUCACCGCCCUCGUCGAGUACGAAGCAGGCCAAAAACUCUCCUCCAUCACACAGGCUCUCUCGCUCCUCCGCCCGUCCUUCGGCACCCUCCCUCCCGCGCAGCGCCAAAACCUUCUCUUCGCCUCUCUCUCCGUGCUGAACGGCGUCUACGCCCAAUCGGACAGCAUGUUCGCCGCGAAAACCGGCACGCGGUCCGGACUACCGGAGCAGCUCGGCACGCCGGCGCACGCGUUCGAGAUCGGGGAUCGUGCCACUGCAGACGUACGCGUCACGCUCCUCCUCGAUCCGCUCAGCGAGGCCGCACAGCGGUGGAGCAGCAUCAUGCGCAUGUUGUCCUCGAUGAAAGGAGUGUGGAUGCGCGUGAUUCUGAAUCCGCAGAUCAAGCUGCGCGAGUUGCCAUUGAAGCGCUUCUACCGGUUCAGUGCUCCGCCUCGGCUGCAGUUCAGGGAGGGAAGGGCGGUUGCGGAAGAGCUCCGAUUCUUCGGCAUGCCCGAGGAGGCGGUGUUGACGCUUGGGUUGGAUGCGCCCGCACCGUGGCUGACCAUGCCCAUGGAAGCCGUGUAUGAUUUGGACAAUGUGCGGCUUGCGGAUGUGCCAGCUGCCGCGAGGGGGAAAGGUGUAAAGGCGGUACACGAGCUCAGGCAUAUCCUUAUCGAAGGUCAUGCGAGGGAUCAGUCGAACGGUGUACCGCGUGGACUGCAGCUAUUGCUCGAGACACCGGAUGGAAGUACUAGCCUGGAUACCAUCGUCAUGGCCAACCUGGCGUACUUCCAGUUCAAGGCCGAGCCAGGGGUGUGGGGGUUGCGCAUCCGACCAGGACGGAGUGACGAGCUGUACGAGAUGCAGAGUGUGGGUGGGAGCGGAUGGGAUAGUCCGUCGGUUGGGGUGACGGGCGAGCAUGUUGUGCUGGACACGCUUUCGGGUCUGACGAUCUAUCCGCGGGUUGCCAAGCGACGCGGUAGGGAGCGGGAGGAGUUGUUGGAGGAGCUAGAUGCGCAGGGGCGACCCGUGAAGAAGGUCGUCGAGCCUGAAACGGUGGCGGAUGCGGCGGGACAGCUAUUUGCUUCGGCCACAGCCAAACUCGGCUCCCUUGCACGUCACAUGACCGGCUCCACCACCCCCAGGGCCACGACGGCGGUGGGUCGUAAGCACGCAGACAUCAACAUCUUCACCGUCGCCAGUGGCCACCUCUACGAACGCAUGACGUACAUCAUGAUCCUCUCGGUCCUCCGCCACACCAACAGCAGCGUCAAGUUCUGGUUCAUCGAAAACUUCCUCUCGCCCUCAUUCCGGGAGUUCAUCCCGCAUCUGGCAAGGGAGUACGGGUUCGAGUACGAGCUGGUGACGUAUGCGUGGCCGCACUGGUUGCGCGCGCAGACGGAGAAGCAACGCACCAUUUGGGGCUACAAGAUCUUGUUCCUCGAUACACUGUUCCCGUUGGAUCUGGGCAAGGUCAUCUUUGUCGAUGCGGAUCAGGUGGUGCGGACGGAUCUGAAGGAGUUGGUGGAUCUGGAUUUGGGUGGAGCGGUGUAUGCGUAUCCGCCGAUGGGCGAUGAUAGUGAGGACAUGGAUGGGUUCCGGUUCUGGAAACAGGGGUAUUGGAAAGACUACCUCAGGGGAAGGACGUACCACAUCUCGGCACUGUACGUCGUGGAUCUGCACCGGUUCAGGCGCUUCGCGGCGGGAGACAGACUCAGAGGUCAGUACCAGGCCCUGUCGGCAGAUCCAAAUUCGUUGAGCAACCUCGACCAGGAUCUGCCCAACAACAUGCAGGCCAGCCUGCCAAUUCACACGUUGGACAAGGAGUGGUUGUGGUGCGAAACGUGGUGCUCCCAGGACUGGUUGAAGGACGCCAAGACGAUCGACCUUUGCUCGAACCCCAAGACCAAGGAGCCCAAGCUGGAUCGGGCCAAGAGGCAGAUCCCGGAGUGGACGGUGUACGAUGACGAGGUGGCAAGGCUCGCACAGAGGUUGGUCGAGGAGAAGAGGGUCGGGAGCAGUGUUGUCGCGCCGAAGAGCCAGGUGCUGACGAAGGACGGAGAGGCGCAGCAGGUGCCAAAGGAGAAGGCAGAGGGCGAGGUGGAUACAGAUGUGCACGUGCACGACGAGCUCUAG